AAAAUGGCUGCCGGCUUACGAAAACUGCUAACUUCAAGGUUGUCAAAGGAGAAGCGUUAUUUUUGAGGUUAGUCCAAAGUGAAAUAGGCAUUAAGUGCAUUGUAUGCCGGUUUAAUUUUAUAAAAAAUAGAUAAAAACCAAGUAUUACAAUGAAGCUAGUAAGAUUUUUAAUGAAACUCAGUCACGAGACAGUGACAAUUGAAUUGAAAAAUGGUACACAAGUUCACGGAACGAUCACAGGCGUGGACGUAGCAAUGAAUACACAUUUAAAAACAGUAAAAAUGACGAUAAAAAAUAGAGAUCCUGUUCAAUUGGACACUUUGAGUUUACGAGGAAACAAUAUUAGGCAUUACAUUCUACCAGAUUCUCUGCCAUUAGAAACUCUUCUUAUUGAUGACACACCAAAAGCCAAAGCCAAGAAGAAGGAAGCUGCACGAGGAGCUGCAAGAGGUCGAGGACGUGGUGGUAGAGGAGCGAGAGGAGGUCGUGGUGGACGAGGUAGGGGUCGAGGCAGACGAUAGUAUUCACAAUCUUAAUAAGAAAAAAAAAAAAAAAAAUUCCAAUAUUGAUUAAUUCAAUAUUUCAUUUCAAAUUUCUACACAUUUUGCAAGUUAUUUAAUAUUAAAAACUUACGUUUUUUUUCUACAAUCAACUGAUUUUUUUUUUGUUCAUUACAAAAAAAAUGUAAGGAAAAAUGGCAUUUAUGUUUGCAAGUCAAAUGUAAAGUCAAUGUAAAGGAAUUAUAAUAUACUAUGCUCGUAUAAUUAUUAAAAUUUAUUUUGUAUUAUUUCACAUAAUAAAUACAGUCUUAUACAAAAUAAAA